AUGGCUGCUCAAAUUCGUCAACGAAGCGCUGAUGUCAUUAAAUACAUCAAUCGCUACAGUCAGUAUACACCGUUGUCGCUUUCCAUUAAACAACUGAUGGAUUUUGGUCGUCAUGGCUCAAUCCUUAAUUCAUAUAAGUUCUUGAGUUCCGAACUCCCUAUAAGGUUGGCGCAUAUUAUGAAGGAAUUGCGUUAUUUGCCUGUUGGAUUAUUAGAUAUGCCGUCGGUGCAAAGAGUUGAUAAUUGGUACGCAACUAGUUUAAUCGAGUUAAUCGAUUUUAGAGACCAGCACAAAGGUAAAUCCUGUGAAGUGACUGCUAAGAAUUUUACGAAUUUGGUAGCAAACAUCAGACAGCGCCAUAAUAGCGUAGUAGAAACAAUGGCGCAGGGCAUUAUAGAAUUGAAGCUUGCUAAGAAAGACUAUAAUUUAGAUCAACAUCGUUUACAAUAUUUUUUAGAUCGCUUCUAUACCAACAGAAUGAGUAUUAGAUUAUUAAUUACGCAACACAACAUGCUAUUCGGUGAAGAGAAUGCAGAAAAAAAGCAUAUUGGCUGCAUUGAUCCGUCUUGUAAUUUAUCAGAAAUUGUUGCAAGUGCAGUUAAUAAUGCUAGCGAAUUAUGCGAUCAAUAUUAUAUGGUUGUUCCACCAGUUGAUAUUAACGAAGCUAACGCCGUAGAACCUGGUAGUGGUGUUGAUAUAUGUUACAUUCCAUCUCAUUUGCAUUACAUGGUGUUUGAACUAUUAAAGAAUUCUAUGAGAGCAGUAGUUGAAAAUCAUCAAAAUAAUCUCAACUUACCUCCAAUUCAAGUUACUAUCACCAAAGGCGAAGAAGACAUUCUUAUUAGGAUCUGUGAUAGAGGAGGGGGUAUCCCAAUCUCAAAAUUAGAAGACAUUUACAGUUACAUGUACUCAACCGCACCUCAACCGCCAUCACUGGAUUUGGUUGCAAGGUCAGAAACAGUAACGCCGCUUGCUGGCUUUGGUGUUGGCCUGCCAUUAUCUCGCUUGUAUGCUAGGUAUUUAAACGGAGAUUUAAAGCUUUCCCCCUUGGAGGGUUAUGGUAUGGAUGCAUAUAUUUAUCUAAAGCGAUUUUCUGUGAAAGCCAAUGAAGUUCUACCGGUAUUUGGCGAAGCAGCAUCUCAGCAAUAUCGUGUUAGAGGAUUGAGUGGAGACUGGACCGCAUCAGCGAGUAAUCGCAAAGACAAAAGUGGAUAA